UAGACAUACCUUUGUUGAAAUAUGGCGGCGUUAGAGAUAGAAAACACAAAUAAAAUAUAAUUCGUGUGAAUUUAUAAUACGUCUUAACAUCUGGGCAUAACAUGCCUUCUGAAAAUCGCAGACCAAAAGAUGAUACCUGGACAUCAGCUGAAUUAAAUCGAGCUUUAAAGGGCUCAAAAGAUGAUUCUCAUCGUACCAAAAAGUCAAGAGAAGAUGGGGAACGCAGACACCACCGUGAUGAAAGAAAAGGUUCAGAUCAUGUUAAGGAUGAAGGGAAAAGAUCAAUCAGACAGGAUGAGGAUGAGAGGAAGAGUAAGAAGCACAGAGAGAGGGGGGACUCUGAUGACAAAGUGGAAUUAACAGAAGCUGCUGCCAUACCUGAAGAUAGAGAUCGGCUUCGUCAGGAAAGAAGAUCAAAAAGGGAAGGAGGAGGAACAGAGGAGAAACAUCCCAGGGUAAAAGAGAGCAAACCUAACAACAAAACUGCAGACAAGGAUGAGGAUAGGAAAAAACACCACCGUGACAGAGAUGAGGACAGAAAGAGACAUGAACGUGACAGAGAUGAGGAAAGAGAGAGUAGAAAGAGACUCGCUGAAGAGGAGGAAUCUGUCAAACACAAAAAAGACAGAGACAGAGAACGGAGGCAAUAUGAAAAGGAGAAAGAAAGAGCUCGUCAAGAGGAAGAAGAAAAGAGUCACAGGCGUCACAAGGUGGAUGAUGGAAAUGAUGGUAAAAAACGAAGACACAAAGAAGAGGCAUCUUCCAGGCACCAGGAGGGCAGUGAGAGACAACACAGACCUAAAGACUUGGAAGAAGAUGAGGAUGAAAGAGAAAGAAGACGACAGGAAAGAAGAGAGAGGCAUGAAAGAGAAAAAGCAAAAGAGAAAAGCAAAGACAAAGAAAGGGAAAUACAUAAAGACAGACGCAGAGAGACAGAAAGGGAGAAGUCUACAGAAAGAAAAAAAGAGAGAGCUAAGGAAAAAGACAAAGAAAGGGACAGAACCUAUGAUAUUGAAAAGGACAGAAAACAUGACAGAGAAGGUGGCACUCAGAGAAAGUCAGGAUCUAAAGGGACAGAUGAUCAAAAGCCUUCUAGAAAAGACAAACCUGAAGAUCAGGAUUCAGAGAAAAGGAGAAGUAAACAUCAUGAGGUUGAAGAGAAACAAAGUCAGCCUAGUGAGGAAGAGAAGGAUGAUUACAAUUAUGAGGAAGACUUUGAGGAUUAUGAUGAUGAUUUUGAAGAUGACACUCAGGAUGAUGAUGAUGAUGAUGAAGAAGAUGAAAGUCCACACCAGAGAACUGGUGGAGAAAUGGAAGAAGUUCUUCGAGCUCUUGAUGAGGAGAAUCACAGAGUAGCAUCAUCAACAUCACGACGCUCUGAUCUUUCAGAAUCAAAUGACCGUUCAGACGAUUAUACCAAAGAUGAAUUACCAUCCAGAUCAUCAAAACCCAGAGCAUUUAUAAACUUUGUGUCUGCCAAGCAAAAAGUAAUCAACAGGACAGGCAAAGCUUGGAAAAGAUAUGAAGACCUGUCAAAACUUAUAGAGUUGGAUGUUUCCAAGUAUGAGAUGUUUGACUUGCCUCCUGUUAAAGAAUAUGACCUCUACAUACGAAGCUUUGGCCGAUCUGAUACCAGGCAGGCUUAUGUACAAACUAGAGAUGAUGACAUAGACAGAGACAUACAAACAGAAGAUGUGGAAACUUUAGUCAAAUGGACACAGCACCCACCUGACAAUGAGAUUGCUGUUGGAGGGGAAGGCAUCAAUGUUCAGACAGGAUCAGACAGAGUUGCUGUCAAUGGAACCACAGAUCCUGAAAAAUUAAAUACAUUUCUCAAUAAAGUUGGACAGUUUUUAUUUACUAUUUUGGAUGAAGAGUCCAAAAGUUCAUCAGAUGAAGAAAAGAUGAAAGAAAACAAAUCUAAAAUUAGUUUCAGUGAAAAAGUCUUUCAACUUGGUGCGAGUUUCUUGAAAGGUCACAGUGUUGUUGCCUUAUCCUUCUGUCAAUCUGAACCAAAUUUUCUACUUUCAAUUCAUGGUCCACAUUAUGACUUUGAUCAGGUGAAUAUGGAUAAAACUGGAGAAACAUCUUCAGUUUCUACACAACAAUCAUCAACACAAUCAAUGUCUUUUAUUUGUGUCUGGAAUAUUUCUCAACCUACUUACCCCUACAGGAUAUGUGGCAGUGAUAUGAAGAUAACUACAGCUUGUUUCAGUCCUACAAGAGCUGCUCUAGUUUUUGCUGGCAUGUCUGAUGGUUCUGUGGCAUUAUGGGACUUAAGAGAAACUGGUUCACAUCAUAGAAACCUGACAAUAGAAGACCAAGAGCAUCUGGUUCGAUUCCCAACAUACAUUACUGCAAGAGUUCUGGAGUAUGAAAACCAUACUAGUCCUGUUGUCAAAAUUGUUCCUGUAGAUUCACAUUUAAUAGGGUCACAGAAAGGUGAAAUUAUAACAGCAUCCAAAUCAGGUUUGUCCUUUCAGUUGGCAUCAAUUGAUGAAAAUGCAGUUCUUAAUCUAUGGGUGGUGGCUGAAGUCUCUGUUCCUGAUGCUGCUGGUUCUGAAAGUGACCUUGGCUUGGCGCCUGCUGGAAAAAUCAAACUUCUUAGAAGUUCAACCCUAACAAUCACAAAUCCCAAUAAACUAGUUUCCAGGUCUCAGGAAUUAAAAGCACUUGACCUACAUUUGAAUCCAGCAGACCUCAAACAUUUUUAUGUGGCCACAGAUGCAGGUUGUGUUGUUCAUGGUGUCAGAUUUGGUAACAGAGCGUACCCACAGUACUAUUCAUCUAUUGUUGAUUCACCUGUUCCUAUUGUUUCGAUAGAUUUUUCUCCAUUUGGACAACCGUACUUUUUGGCUGCCUAUCAAGAAGGAACUCUACAUUUGUUUCACACUCAAAUAGAUAAACCCAUUGCAACAUGGCGAGACUUUAAAUCAGGAGAAACACUUCUAACAGUUCGCUGGUCACACAGUCGACCAAGUGUGUUUUUUGUGUUAGAUAGCAGUUCAGCAGUUUUUACAUUUGACCUAGUAGAAAAUGGUCUGGCUCCUGUGAAAAUGGACAGGAUCUCAUUGUCAAAAAUAAAAUGCUUGGAAGUUGGAGGUGAUCCAAACUUAAUUACAUCUGGAUUGUCUCGACCUGCACACAUAGUUUGUGCUGCUGACACUGGAGAAAUUCAAGUUUUUACACUUAGCAAAGAAAUGCGUCAUCAACAAGAUUUGGAGGAGGAGUUUAUGUCAUGUUAUGUCGAUAGAUUCUAACUGCAUAAAUCUAAACUUUCUUUGGAGACCCUCAGUCUGAUUGCUGCACCUAUACAAAAUGUAGACUGAUUGCUGCAUCUACACAAAAUGUACACUAGAUGUAUUUCAUUGUUACUUAAUGGAAUAUCUGCCAUACGAAUCUGCUCAUGAUUGUAUUGUUCAAAUAGACACUUCAACAUUCACUCAUUUACCUGGUGGGAAAGAUAUUGUAUAAAAUCUACAAACAAUAUAAAUUUAAAUGUUUUCAAUUUACAUGUGAAUUCAAAAUAAAUUGCUGUCUGUUUGACUAACUAAUUUUACUUAGUAAAACAAAAAUACAUUUCUGUGGUACUGAAAGUAACUUUGUGACCAAAAUCUGUGAUAUAUUAUAAUAAACAUUAUUAUAUUAUAAUAAACAUUACAAAGUAAUGUUGCUUUUCCGUCCGUUAUGGUGAAUUUUGUUUUUACAUAUUUAUUUUAAAAUAUAAUAAUUUCAAACUAAAAAGAUUUUACACGUUUUUUAUUGCAUUGUUAUGUUAUUUACUUAUUUUAAAUUUUAAUGUUAUAAAUUUAAAAAAAAAGGAGUUAACUAUUUAUAUAAUGUAUGCACUGAAAAAUGUUCUCCCCUUUUCCAAAAUUGUUUUUAUUACUUCCCUUUCUUACUCUACAAAUUUUUUUUUUACUUGUCCAUGUUGAAAACGUUUAAACAUUAGUGCAUAUUUAUUGCUCUCCCCUUAUAAAAAAAAAUGAAACAAAAAUUUAGCAAAACCAAGUUGUAACUCCGAUGUUUUCGUUUAAAUAAAUUAUUUCUAGAACUCAACUGUGCAAACUGUUUAGUCUUUUCAAAUUGUACAUAUGAAUGAUGCAAUAAAUUUUGUUUAUAUA